GUUGAGAGUCCAAAAUAUCCCUUUAGUAUAGUAUCAACUUCAAAAAAUACCUGGAGCCCCUCAGUUCAACUCAAUUCAAAUCUUAAAGUGACUAUAAACAGUAUUUUCUACAAUUAAACUGUAUCAUAUCACAAAUGUGGAAACAAUGUAAUAAGGUGAAAAGGUUUGAGUUUCAGUUUAAUGUUGACUGUUUGACUCACAACAAGUGCAAAACCUCCUUAUGUCUCUGUUCUUUCAGUGGAAUAAUGUUGUCUACAAAAGACGAGACGUGGCGUCGACUAAUGUGUGUGUGCAGACAAUAAAGGGAAUAAGUCAUUGAAAGACAAAAUUUUCACCCAUACUUGGGGUGUGGACUGAUGACUAUCGUCUCCAUGUCUGUGAGCAAACAUGACAUUUACAGGAAACUUCAGCUCGCACCCUCCCUUUCAGUCAGUCAGAUGUCAGCAUGACAUCUUGUAGCCUCAGGAAGGACACAUCACACUGAUCUAAUAUGACUUCACUCCAAAGAUAAUGCACACAGGUUUGCUUAAAUAUCCACAGGGAGAUUCUGUCCUAAAAUACUGGUAGGGAUGUCACUACAUUCCAUAUGCAAAGCUAUGCCCUUGCAGAUAUACUGUAUGUAACUCAGGAGUCUCAUAACUCACCUCAGACUAAUGCAGAAAAACAGGUUUGCUUCAAAAAUGUUUUCAAUCAAACUUAAACAAACACCAGAUUUUUUUGACACUUUCCUCGGUGACUGCAGGUGAGUGUUUGUUCAAAUAGCUGGAACAGAACAAGAAGUUAUAACCACUAGACAUAGUUUUCAAAAUUACAUAGGCCUAAAUUAGAUUUUCUUUAUGAUGUCAACCAUUUGUAGAUUAUAAAAAACAUCAAAUAAGUAAACAAACACAAUAAGGCAUUUAUAGAAUGAGCCUUUUGUCUUAACUUCAGCACACCUUUACAGCAAAACGGUUUAGAAGGUCUUGCUUCUGUGGGUGGAGACAAGGCCAAAAACAAACCAAGUGGAAGAUCUGAUCAAGACCUGUCCACAGUCCGACCACUGACCAGUCACAUCACUGGAAAACUGAGAGCUCAUUCCUAGUGGAUCCUGUCAGGGUCUGCUGUGACCAUAGUUUUUUGUUCUCACUUCGCCACACUAACAUCAUUUGGGCUCCGGUUCUAUUUGCCCUCGGGCAUCACUGAUGCUUGUCAUGUUUAAUGCAGGAGGUUGCUUCAUUUACGGCUCCGGUGAUGUUACUUCUAACCAGCACGUCCGGCUUUUUCACCUGGACGCGCUCCUGGACUGAUGGGAAGACCGAAACCUAACUCAGUGAAGCAGACCCCAAAGGAGCCAGACUAAGCUGAACUCGCUUCAUACAGAAUCUCACGUAGACUUACACUAUAGCCUGUUUAUGGGGGACUCCUCACUGAUCUGUAAUAUGUCUAUGGUGCAAGUCAGUGGAGCUGGAAUAUUCUAAGAGAAAUUGUAUAUGAAGUGAAUAUGAAAAAGCAGAGGAGGUGGAGGCUUCUCUCGCUGACGUUGGUUCUGUGGAGGGGAGUUCCACGCGUGAUUGGUCGGACGCUUUCAUAAAGAUGCCCGGGCGGAGGUAAAGACACAUCGGAGGAGGGCACAGCAAGAGAGGAGAGACAUCCGGGAGUCGCACUGCAUCACCCAGAGCAUCCAGCCGCCGUUUUGGAAACGUGCGUGUCUUCCCAUACAGUCAUUUAGCAUCUCCGAUCUACAAACCCCACCUUUUGUGUUUUGCCCGGUGUGUUGGAUGAGUCUGCCGGUUGUAGCGGUGUUCGCGGCGCUGACCGCCUGCCUCUUCUGCGGUCCGCCUCCGUGCGCGGCGGGGAGAAAUGAGCAGCUCAAUUACCGACCGAUCAUCGGUGUAUUGGCACAGGAAAACCUUCCAGGAGAUCAGUCUCCUCAUGGCUCCUCUUAUAUCGCCGCAUCCUAUGUCAAAUACCUGGAGUCGGCAGGCGCCAGAGUCGUGCCCAUCAGAAUCAAUCUCACAGAAGAAGAAUAUACUAAGAUCUUCUUCUCAAUAAAUGGGCUGUUGCUGCCAGGAGGAGAUGUAGAUAUUGAGACAUCACAGUUCACUCGAGCUGCCAAGAUCUUCUACAGCUUGGCUCUGAAGGCCAAUGAUGCUGGAGACUACUUCCCUCUCUGGGGGACUUGCCAGGGCUUCCAGCAGCUGUCUGUCAUCACAGCCAACAAAAACCUGCUCACCCUCACUGACACCAAGGCUGUGACUCUGCCUCUCACAUUCACACCAGCGGCCAAGUCCAGCCGUUUGUUUCAGAGCUUCCCCAAGGAUCUGAUGCAGUCUCUGGCUGAUGAAAACAUCACUUCCAACUUCCACAUGUGGAGUCUGUCCACUCAGAACUACAGCCGAAACGCCAAGCUGAAGAAGUUUUACAAGGUCCUGUCCACUAACACUGAUGGAAAGAAAGAAUUCAUCUCCACCAUGGAAGCCUACCGUUACCCAUUUUAUGCGGUGCAGUGGCAUCCAGAGAAAAGUCCCUUUGAGUGGAUCAAUAAGUCGGGUAUGAAUCACUCCACCUCUGCAGUAAGAGCCAGCUUCUACACUGCUCGCUUCUUUGUCACUGAAGCCAUGAAGAACCACCACAGCUUUCCCAGUCCUGUGGAGGAAGAUCAAGCUCUAAUCUACAACUUCUGUCCAGUCCGCAAAGGCAUUGGCGCUAUCUUUGUGCAGAUCUAUUACUUUGAUUGAUGGACAGUGCUGAGAACAAAACAGACCUGGGCUCAGUCUGUAGUUAGUAUUUGUCAGUUGUAGAGCAUCUUGGCCCAAGUUUAAAACCAAACCUGAUGGACUCAUCACUUACAGUAGCCUGAAACAUCAUAUCAAUAAUUAGCUGUUAGCGUACACUUGCACAGUUAAUAUAACAUGCAGAAGUGCCACCGGUGCAGUGAAAAAAAAAAUAAAUAAACUAAACAAAAAGUACAACAAAAUGUUCUAUUCCUUAUUCUUCCUAUAAUUAUAACAUUAUCAGAAAAAUCAAAAGGAAAAAGCCAAGACCAUAAAAAACAAUAUAACAUUAGGCAGUGCCAUUGUUGCUGUACAGUAGUUACAGUAAUCACUUGACACAUCAACAUCUUCAGCUCUUACUGCAAUAUGGAUAACUACAGGCCAAAAUUACUACUUUGGCUUUGCAUUUAUAAGGGGUGGAAGGAUUUCUAUAUAUCCAUAUGGUAAACGGCGGUUAAAAUGGUAUAAACCUUUUGCAAUCUGUCAGACUUAAAUUCUGCUUCAGUAUAUUAAGCUCAUCUACAGUAUUUACUGCCACACACUUAAUAUGUUUCCUGUGCUGCUAAAAACUGUCCUUCAGUCCAAACCAUCUUGCAGUGUCAUGAUUUUUAAAAUGGCUGUCUGACUAACCCAUAGUAGUAAAAGUAAAGGGACCAUAUUAGUGUUCAAGUCUACUGCAAAAAUAUGAAAUAACCUAAAUAACUCUUAUAUAGUGUAGUAGGCCUACAGUUAAAUUCAGACCGGCCAUCAGGUGCCUCGUGUUGGUUAUAUUAAAACUUUCAGUUUUUGCUUUAUUUUUGGGACUUUUUAUUGGGAAAUAAAUUCAAUAAUGCAAACCACUAUUAUCAAAUUCAGUUUAACUGCACUGGUCUGGUUCUGGUCUUGGUCUUGGUCUUGUCUCGGUCGCAGUACGCUCUGGUUUUGUUUAGCUGAUCUUAACUACAACACUAGACCAUAACACAAUGACUGUUCAGCCUCCAGAAUUAUGUAAAACCCAUUAUGCUGAACUAAAUUAAAUUAAAUUAGUCACAUAAACACUGAUUUUUCUGGUGACCGCAUUUCCAGUUGCUACCAGUUCCCUUUCGCUGCAGCAUGUGUCUGCCAGCAAGAGCUUUAUCAGGAGAUGUCCUUUGCACUGAAGUGUACAUAAAAAGUUUACUUUUCCACAUGCUUACAAUGCUUUAAUGAUAUCUUGGUUUAUAUUUGCUACUAAUAAAUUACACCUGUCUUGUGAUCUGUGACAGAGUUUUGCUAAACAUAUCCUCAUCCCACUUCCUAAAUCAUUGCCAUUUAAAUUUUUAUCUAAGUUAACAUGUUUUGCGAUGUCAUAUAACUUGAGUGUCUGAAGAAGGUCAGUAAAAUGCAUCAACCUCUGGAAACAUCACCACUGAUUAGUUUUCUGUUUAAUACCAAAAAGGUUCCCUUCAGUGACCAGUGCUAGAAAACAUGCCACUGUAUUGAAAUGGAACACUCUAGUUUGGUAUACUACUUGCACAAUCAUGUACUGGUAUGAACGGUCUUUUAAUUUGAAAACCUUCUCUAUUCUGUAGCAUUGCAUUGCAAGUGUGUGCAAGUUUAAAAAAGCAACAAAUUUCACAACAUUGCCCUUUGCAUCACUGGGGGGGACUGGUAGUCUCCUUUAGCUCUUAAAGUCCAGGAGAAGACCUGGACGCCUUUCUUUUGUCAGUACAGUUCAUGUUUGAGGGAAAUGCCACUUAAGCCUGGGCUUAACUGGGGAUAAUCAGUAAACACUGGCUCAGCUCAUUUCCUAAUCGGGAAGAAGCUAUGUGAAGUCAGGUAGAUUAUGACAAGCUGCUCUUUCAGUCUUUAACAUUCCUUCUGUAGAAAUGGAAACAUACUUUGCUACUUUCCAGGCUAUUCACUGCUUAGUAUCUAUAACAUAUACAGCAUUUUGUUAUCCAGAAAUGAAAAAGUAAUCAACAACUUGUCUUUUAUGAAUGGUCUCAUUUUUGCAUUAUUAUUCUGUAACAGAGUUGUUGUUACAUAAAUGACAUCAGUAACCCACAAAAAUCUACUGUAAGACUCUGAGAAACAGACCAUCCAUUCGAUUGUACUCUUGUGGGUCUCUGGGAAUUUAAGCAUUUGUAUUUCUCAACAGGAAAUGGAAUAUUUUGUGUAACAUGCUGUUAAAUAAUGCCACAUCAUUAUCAUCAUUAUCAGGAUCUGAGAAAGUAAGUCCUCACACUGGCGUUUAUUUUUGAAUUUUACACAGUAAGACACUUUAGUUGGCUAAUGACCUCAAAACACUGUAUCUGUGAGGUUUUCUCAAGACAGCAAUGUUCAUGUAAAAGUUGUCUGUAUAGAUCAAUUUGUAACCUUGAAUGUUCAAAAGAUGUGACAUGGCAUCAUACCUGUAUUAAGACAUUUUGUAAUUUUUUAACACAAGCCACCAUUAUAAAACUUCUAUACCAAAUCAAUAAUGUUAAUUGUUUUUUAACAGAAAAAACAACUUUUUUUCAAAUUUAAAAUGAGUUCACUGAUUUUGCACACACACACACACAUUCAAAGUUUUUGUUUCUUGUUGCAAGAGAGCACACAUAGUCCUCCUGUGAAAAAUACAACCAAAGUAAAACUAAAUAAAUGAAUAAAU